GGGAAGGCGGAAUGGAUUGAUUCAGAAUUGUUUCUCACGAAGUGCAAUUCAAGCUGAUAGGUGCUUAUUCUUAGGAGCUUUUAUAAAAUGUUAUCUUUAAUUUUCAGAUUUCCGAUAGGAUCAGGUAGAAAAAAUGUGCUUUGAAUGCACUGCAAACGGUGGUUUGAAGCGCUACUAGUAAUUUUACUACUUCUUAUUCGGAUAAGAACGAAACAGUAGUGCGUACAUCAUGUUUGUUUGUUCACACCAAUUCAAUGGAUCUGGUCGUCAAUGUUUCCUUGGCCUAUUUGAAGCUUUAUAAAGAAGAAUGGAGGGUAGUGCUUGUAUGAAUGUUGCAGCUCAGCAGUUUCUACAAAAUUUGGGUAGCUAUUAGAUUGACUAUUAUCUUACUACGAAAGAGGCCGAAAAAUUGUUAACUGCUGUGUUUGAUGACAUUCUUUUAUGUUAUUCAAAUAAUAACAAAGUUGUAGGGUCAUAUGAGUGUCGAGUUACGGAUAAAGAUCCAUAUAUGAAAGGGCUUUUUGUGAGAGCGUCAAGUAGAACCAUAUUGGGUGAAAUUCAUAGCACUACCUCACUCGAAGCAAAUAUAACGUUCUCUCUUGAAACACUUUCCCAAACAAAAUUAGAAACCAUUGUGAUGAACGGAAAUGUUGUGGAAAGAAAGUCUUCCAUCGAACUUGUUGAGAAUGUGUAUGAAAUCAGUUGUACAGAAUCAAUGAAUGGAGAAAUUAUCUUUUCAACUAGGAAACAGUUAGCCCAGUCAAAUAUAUUAGGGCUAAUUGCUGAGGGUUCGGAUUUGGUUUUUCAGCGAAUUUUGGUUAAAUCUGCUUUCUCUGUUCCCUUCGAGGUUAUUGGUUUAGAUACAGAUUAUAAUCUAGCCACGGUGUCCUAUAUUAAUCUUGGAGAAAGAAACGUAUUCGUCGGAGAUAGUGAAAUAUCAGUGAGAGGAAUUCAAAGGACUGUGCAUUCUCAAAAAGCUCUCCCAUCGUCCUGGCAGACUUACUUUAUGGAGGACGGUCAUAUGAUACUCAGAAUACAAAUUGGCUCUCCGAUCACUAUAAAAGCGAACACCAUACCUGAACUGUUCAAAAAAGAAAAGUAUUUGCCCAAACCAGUCGUCGCAAAGGUCUCCUUAAAUUGGGAAGAUGAUCUGGAACUCUAUUCACGUUUUUUAGAUCGAAAGGAUGAAAUCAAAGCUCAAUAUCUUUUAUAUCUGCGUGAUCAUCCAGAGAUACAUGAUAUGAUUUCUGACUUUAUUAAAUCAUUAUUACUUCAUAAACCAGAUGAGGUAGUAAAAUAUGCUUCAGAAUACUUUAAGAGUUUUUCAGCUCGCGCGUUACCAAGUAGAAUAUUUUCUGUUAAGACCAUAUAAGUGUAAUUACUUUCUAUGAGGACAUAUGUAAUUUAUUUUAUUUUUAUUCUUCAGAUACGUUUUUAGACCGUUUAUUUUUUCAUUAUUUACUUGAAUAUCAGGUUUUCCAUUUUUGUUUUCACCCAAUGUACUUUGAUAACUGCAUAAUUAAUUUCCGAAAAUAGAUAUUAGUUCGGUUUGUUCUUCGAA